AUGAGCAGAACGGAGACUAUAGGGUUGACCAAGAGAGGAAUGUUGCAAUCAAGUAACUGCAAUCACCUUAUGGACCGUUCUGUGUCUUUCAAGAGUAAUAGUGUGAUGAGCAAUGGUGGUUCAGCUAAAGUGAGAGGAACCUUGGAACGCAAGAAAAGUAAGAGUUUUAAGGAAGGAGAAAGCUAUCCUUCUUGUCUCAUAACGGAGGCUCCUGGGAGUUUAGCCGCUGUGAGGAGGGAGCAAGUUGCUGCACAACAAGCCCUAAGGAAACAGAAGAUUGCUCACUACGGCAGAUCCAAAUCCACCCUAACUAAUUUCAAUUCCUCCAAAGUUGUCCCUCUUAUUCACCCUCAUCCUCAUCCUCAGAGAUGCAGCUUCCUCACCCCUACUUCUGAUCCUGUGUACGUUGCCUACCAUGAUGAAGAAUGGGGAGUCCCUGUCCAUGAUGACAAGUGCGUUACAUAA